CUGCACGUGCGGUGCCUCCGGCUUGGUGUCGCCUUUGCCAACGUUUGAGUUUUUUUCUGGCCACGCUGGCUGUAUUGUAUAAUACAACUGUUUGCAUAAUUAUUUGUGUUUACUUUUAGCUGAAUAGUUUAUUUACCAUAUCAGUUUAUACACAAAUAUUACACGAACUUCACGGAGAGCCAGCCACAAGUAACCGUCUUCAAAUAAGUGCACAAAAAAAACCGGUUAGCUCUGAAUUGGAUUUUAAGCGCCUUUAACAACUCUUGAAAAAAAUUUGUGACAAAGCUGGAAAGUAUUCAUUGGCUGGACAGAGAACACGAAAGCCCAAAGUUGGUCCUUGAUAUAAAUAGACAACGGAACUAAUAUAGCUAAAGUGAAGUGCUUGUGCUGAGACAGCCAAAAAAAGAAAAAAAAAAAAAAAAAAAAAAAAAAUAGGAGAAAAUACACAACAAAAAGUUGUGGGCAUUAGCUAACCACAGAAACCCAAAGCAAACCACUCAAAACGGUAUUUUAAGACAAGGAUCGACCCGAACGCACACGCACAGAGCGACAUGUCGGAUACAACAUCGUUUGAAAUGGCCUCGGUCGACCGGCCCAACCGUUUCCAAGUGAAUCCAGUUAACCAUCACAAGAACAACAAUGACAACAACGAGGACCGCAAAUCACACGCACCGCCAGCCGACGAGGUCUACCGCAGGCUGACCAACAUCGAUGGCGAGCUCCUCGAGGAUGACACUUUCGAUGCGACACAAUUGUUGAACAAACAGCAGCCCAGGCAGCAGAGGCAGUCCAUCAAGAGUAGUUUUCGCGAUAAGGAUAAGCCAUCGCGCUUUAAGGACUUGCAGACGACGACGCGCUUUCAAGUGGAGCCACAGAAUGAGGAAUCUGACGGUUCGAAUGAUUCGCAGGAGGAGCGUGAACUGCUGGACAAUGAAUACGAUACAAAAUAUGGCAAAAGUUUUCGGCAUUUUACGCGCGAGGCUCUGCCACGUCUGGAUAAUUAUCGCAACAUGAUGUCCAUUCAGGCCGCCUACCGUCCAACGCUCGACGAGCUGCACAAUGCAACGCUGGUGGGGAAAAACACGCACAGCCUACAACGCAACCGGGAUCCGGAGGCGGAUAACACGAACGGGCUGCUCAAAUUUGGCUGGAUCAAAGGUGUGCUCAUACGAUGCCUGCUAAAUAUAUGGGGCGUAAUGCUCUUUCUGCGCCUCAGCUGGGUCGUCGGCCAGGCGGGCAUCAUCGAGGGGUUCGUUCUAAUACUGACAACGACCGCUGUCACGACCAUAACAGCGCUGUCAAUGUCGGCGAUAAGCACGAACGGCGUCAUCAAAGGCGGUGGCACCUAUUACAUGAUAUCCCGCUCCCUGGGCCCCGAGUUUGGCGGCUCUAUUGGACUCAUUUUCUCGCUGGCAAAUGUCGUCGCCUGCGCCAUGUACGUGGUUGGCUUCUGCGAGUCUCUGCAGGCCAUGAUGCAGAGCUUGGAUGUGUCUAUCGUUGAUGGUGGCGUCACGGACGUGCGCAUUGUAGGCAGCACCACCAUUUUGCUGCUGUUGAUUAUCGUUGUGGUUGGCAUGGAGUGGGAGGCCAAGGCACAAAUCGGUCUGCUUAUAAUUUUGCUGGCUGCUAUUGCUGACUUCAUCAUUGGCAGCCUAAUUGGGCCCAAGAACGAGGGAGAGCGGGCCAAGGGCUUCAUCGGCUACAAUGCAACGUUGUUCCACAAAAAUCUGUUUCCGGACUACCGCACGGAGGGUUAUGUCAGUCACGAUUUCUUCUCGGUAUUUGCCAUCUUCUUCCCAGCCGCCACGGGCAUUCUGGCGGGCGCCAACAUUUCGGGCGACUUGAAGGACCCCCAAAAAUCUAUACCCAAAGGCACCAUUCUGGCCAUCGUUAUCACAACAGCCACCUACAUGCUCAUGGUUCUGAUCUGCGGCGGCACUGUGGCUCGCGACGCCACCGGCUAUGUGGUGGAUGCUCUGAACGGUUCCUUCGCAUUCUUAAACUGCUCCUCAACGUCCACAGGUACUUGCCUCUAUGGAUUGCAAAACUCGUUUCAGGUAAUUGAGUUAGUGUCUGCCUUUGGGCCUCUCAUCUAUGCCGGUUGUUUUGCUGCCACAUUGUCAUCAGCUUUGGCCAGUUUAGUUUCCGCUCCGAAGGUUUUCCAGGCUUUGUGCAAGGACGAGCUGUAUCCGAAAAUAGUUUGGUUUGCAAAGGGUUACGGCAAAAACAACGAGCCAGUGCGUGGCUAUGUCCUAACUUUCCUCAUAGCCAUGAUCUUCAUACUCGUUGGUGACCUCAACUCGAUUGCACCGCUCAUCUCCAACUUCUUCCUGGCUGCAUAUAUGUUAAUCAACUUCAGCACAUUCCAUGCCAGUCUGGCCAAGCCCGUCGGUUGGCGGCCAACUUUCAAGUAUUAUAACAUGUGGCUGAGCCUUUUGGGCUCCAUACUGUGCGUAGCGGUCAUGUUUUUAAUUUCGUGGGCCACUGCACUCAUAACCUUCUGUGCGGUGCUGGCGCUGUACUUAAUUGUUGCCUACCGCAAGCCGGACGUCAACUGGGGCUCCACCACUCAGGCGCAGACGUACAAGAACGCCCUGAUGUCCGUGCAGCAGCUGAACAAUGUGGAGGAUCAUGUCAAGAACUAUCGGCCGCAGAUACUGGUUCUGUCCGGCCUGCCCAACACCCGGCCGGUGCUGGUGGACUUUGCCUAUAUGCUGACGAAGAAUCUAUCCCUGCUGGUCUGUGGCCAUGUGCUGCGCGGCUCUGGUUCGCAGAAGUACCGUAACUACCUGAAGGAGCGCGCCUCCAACUGGUUCCAGAAGCACCGCGUCAAGGGCUUCUAUGCCCUGAUCGAUGGCGAGGACUUUGAGGCUGGCAGCCGCGCCCUCAUGCAGGCGACGGGCAUCGGCAAGCUGAAGCCCAACAUCAUACUCAUGGGCUACAAAACCGACUGGCAGACCUGCGACCGCAAGGAACUGGUGCAAUAUUUCAAUGUCAUGCACAAAGCAUUGGAUAUGUACCUCUCGGUGGCCAUAUUGCGCGUGCCCAAGGGACUGGACUGCUCGCAGCUGCUGGGCUCUCCCGACAGCAAUUGGACGACAGCCAACUGUAGUCUGGAGGUGCCACGAACCCUGCAGCCCAAUGAGAGCUCCAACGAUUUGCAGGCCAGCGAGGCACGCCACGCUCUCAGCGGCAGCGUGGACUCCCUGAGUCGCAACGUAUCUCAGGAUGCCGCCAACAAGUUGGCUCCCGCUGGCAACGGCCUGAAAUUUGUCAAAACAUCCAGUACGAGUGACUUAUCAUUCAUAGCAGGCAGCCAGGUGAAGGAGGUCUCCGGAUUGCCCGAUCCACUGGAUGCCAAGACCACAAAUGAGCUGCCCAAUACACUGAGGAAAUCGAAAGCGAAACACGACGAUCCCGUCUCGCUCUAUAGAGGACCAGGCGGUGUGGAGCUACCCAAGGAUGUGCUGGCUGACUUGACGCAAUUUACGCGAAAACGCAGCCACGCCGUCAUCGAUGUCUGGUGGCUGUACGACGACGGAGGACUCACCUUGCUGCUGCCUUACAUCAUAAGCACACGGCGCACCUGGCAAUCAUGUAAAUUGAGGGUUUAUGCAUUGGCGAACAAGAACUCAGAGUUGGAGUUUGAGCAACGUUCGAUGGCCAGUUUGCUGUCCAAGUUUCGCAUUGAUUACUCCGAUCUAACAUUGAUACCCGACAUCACCAAGAAGCCUCAAGAAACAUCCACGCAGUUCUUCAAUGAACUGAUUAAGGACUUUGUUGUGGGCGAUAAGGAGAACGGCCACAGCAGCAAGGCGACACUGAAUGAGGACGAAGCUCUCAUUAGUGACGAUGAUUUGCUGGCCGUGGUGGACAAGACGAAUCGCUACCUGAGGCUGCGUGAGUACCUGCGCGAGCAGUCAACCAAGUCGGAUCUCGUGGUAAUGACGCUGCCGAUGCCACGCAAGAACAUCGUCUCGGCACCCCUCUACAUGGCCUGGCUGGAGAGCCUCAGCAGGGACAUGCCCCCCUUUCUGUUUGUGCGGGGCAAUCAGACGAGCGUGCUCACCUUCUAUUCGUAGGCGCCGAGUGCGGCGCCCCUUAUGUAUUUUUGCUUAUAACCGAAACCACACUCUUCUUAGUUGUACAAGUACAAGAAUUCGAUGUUAUUCUAGUUGUACCAUAAUUGUAUUUAUAUUUAUAUAGACAUACAAACAACCCCAACUCCAUGACGCACACAGACGAUUAAAUUUUAUGCCGACCUGUAUACAU